AUGGCGGCAACAGCUUGGCUGCCAAUUUCUCGUGGCGAUGUCCUCCCGGAGAAUGCCCUGGCUGUCGGGACGUAUGGUGUCGAUGGCAUGGUCUACGUGGGCCGUCUGAAUGGCGAGGUGGGCAAAAUCAACCUCAAGGAUGGGAAGAUGUGGAAUUUCCGUGCCCACCACCAAUCUCAUUCCUACGACGCGGAGAUCCUGACUUGCUCGGCAGUCUACAAAUGGGUCGCACUGAACAAGGGUGACCCCAUUCCUGCACAUGCUGUGGCGGGCGGCCGGACGCCAACUGACGGCCUCGUCUUUGUGGGGCACUCGAGCUUGGAGCCUGGGAAGAUCAACGUGUCUGAUGGCAAGAUGAACCAUUUCUGGUCCCACAACCAGGGGAAGUGCUACAGCGCCUUGAUUUUGGUCGUCGAGCCACCAGUUGCUGAAGCCGCACCGUUGGAACCGGACAGGCCUGCAAGGGUGGGCCCGGCGGCUCCCUCGCUUCCCUCCUCUUUCCCGAGCCUCGCGCACUUGAGCCAGGAGGAGUUGGCGCAGCUCAAAGCCAAUGAGGUUCUGCAAAGAGAUCUGCUCCAAGACCUUCCAGGUGUUAAGGACUACGUCGGCCAGCUGCGAGCGCUGUCACAAGAGAAUGCCAAGGGCGCCGAGGAGCUCCUCCUGCGCCAAGAGGGUGUGCAGGGAUUGAUCCAGCAGACAGGCACCGCCCUUUUUGUGAGAGGGAGCACCUCCGCGGUCGUGGGUCCAACCUGCGAUGUCGGCACCGGAGGAGGUUCGCAGCCCGGCACACGAAGCAGGAUGAGCUGUGACGCAGCCUCUGAAAAGCGGCCGUGGGACCGUGAGCUGGCCGUGGAGAAAGAGAAGCGCCAAGCCGCCGAAGCAAAGGUCAAGGAUACGCAGAAACGAUGGACAGCUGCUGCAACUUGGCUUGCAGACGCAAAGAAGCGAUUGCAAAGUGUCGAAACCGAGCUCAAAGCCACGGCCUCUGAACAUCGGAAAGCACUGGACCUUGCAUUCUUUUUUCAAUCAGCUCUCGAGCGACUCGAGCGACUCGAGAGCCAACAGCAGACUCAGGAUCGGAUGAGCAGAGACAAUGCGUGGCUUGAAGCAGAGCUGGCCAGGGAGCAAACGCGAGCGAGAACUUGCGAAUCAAAUCAUGAGGAGACCAGGAUUCAGGCCUUACAUUCUGCUCUCGACGAAGAACGAGAGCAGAGGCUUGUUGCUGAGAGAAAGUUCUUUGACAGCCAGGCCCGGAGCCAUUCUGCUGGUCAUGAUGCCUGCUGGCAAUACGAGACGGAUGGUCAGUGGCACCCCUUUUCACCAGAGGGAAACGAGCAGAUGCAUGAAGCAUACUUGGCAUACAUCGAUGAUGCACAGGAAGGUCGUUGGGCACACAUUGUUGCCGGGGGAGUUGAGCGUAUCGUGGACUUCGAGGAGAUGACCCAGAGACAUGCAACGACAGGAAGGCGACGAAGCAUUCGCAUCGCCACCGGAGUGCCUCUACAGUGGGAAAGCACCCCGGCAGAGUUGUUGACACAGACAGGCGACCUGAGUGCUUUCUAUGUCGAGGUAGAAGAUGCAGCUUUCCUCAAAGUCAUCAAGCGACUUCUUCGGUUCACCGGCCACGCGUGGGAUGCCUCAAGGGAAUGUUCACGGAUGAAGAAAGCAACCGUGAAAUCUGUCCAUCGGAUUGAAAACUACCACCUUUGGCGACGGUACCAAGCGAGGCUGCGUACCAUGAGGGAAGACCGUGCAAAGCGCAGGCUCAAUUUUAAAUUGGAGCCUGUGGCUCUUGAUCUUGAUGGUCGUGAGGGGGUAAUGACUGACAGCCAGCGCGACUUGGACUGCGGGGAGCCAUUGGCAUGCGACGUCGACGAGAAGAUAUUGCUGCAUGGCACCUCCUGGAGCAAUGCUGACUCUAUUGUUCGUCAUGGAUUCGACCACAGGUAUGAGCAGGAUCUUGCUUCCACGCACUCCUUGCGCAGCCGUGUCCUCGACCUCGCAGCCGAAAGAGACCGUGUGAAGGCGCAGCAGUCUCCGGAUGUCCUCGCCAGCCGCCUGCAGACCGAGGCUGCUGCAGACGAUCACGAGGCCGAGGCGAUCCUCACGGACGUGCUUGAACAAGCCCAGAGCUUGGAAGCCAGCUCUUUGAGCGAUUUCUCCCGGAAAUUUCUGCAGUCCAAGAAGCAGAAGCAUGCGAAGUUGGCCUUGAAGGAGAUGAUCCUCACGUCCGCUACGAACUGA